UCUGUAAACCCUUCGGACUGCUCGCCGUUACCAAGAACACACACUUCUCUGCGCGCGCUCUGUCUCCCUGCGCCCUUGCGUAAACUUAGGGUGGAAAAUGAACUCUUUGGUGAAAUGUGCGCUCGUCUUCUUUGUGCUCGUCUCCAUCGUCCUUAACAUCGUUCUGAUUGGCAUUCCCUUCAGCAGGGCACCCAAAUGUGCCGCUCAGCGCGUCCACCCGCUGCUGGGCAAGCACGACGACCACAGCCUUGUGUUCGCGGACCUCACCAAGGAGGAGUACACGCAGGUCCAGCAGUACAUGCUGCGUCAGAAAGACUUGGACAUAUCUACCAACCAACUCACCAAACCAUCUGGAAAUUAUUUGUUCUUAAUAGACCUCUCUUUGCCAAAGAAAGCUGACGCGCUGGAUUACUUAAACGGCAAACGUCCCAAGCCAGUGAAGGAGGCGACGGUGGUCGUGUUCCACGGGGCCCAGGGCUACAUCAAGGAGUACCUUGUGUGGCCUCUUCCUAACCCGACCGACCACAGAGAUGUCACCACAGACAGGUUUAAAGAGGGGCUGCCCAUCAAUGCGCGCACGGUCACUCUCGGUGAAUACGCUUUGCUUUUCGGGUUUUUGGAGGUGGAAGUUUUUUCCCACCUGAAGAAGCUCCUGAAAGAGAGUUUCAACAGUGACGGCAAGACGCUGAACGCGUUUGAGCAGAUGCCCCGUGGAGUCCGGUCCGGGGACAGACAGACCUGGAUCGCCUUCCACAGGGAUGUGAGCAGCAUGUACAUCCAGCCGGUGGGCUUCGAGGUGCUGGUCGACCACAAGAGCGUCAACGCAUCUGACUGGGAGGUAAAGCGGCUGCUUUAUAACGGUGCGUACUUUGACACUGUGGCAGAUCUUCAAAAGAAAUAUGACAGUGGAUCCGUCAAGAAGAUAGUAUACAAGAAGAUCCCUGAUUAUGGCUCUCUGAAACCCAGGACCAAGCCUCUGCAAGUGGCCCCGCAGCAGUUCUACAUGGAGGGGAAGCGCUUCAGUGUGAACCACAACCAGGUCCUGUACCUGGACUGGAGCUUCGCCUUCGGGUUGAGUUCUCUCACGGGCAUGAGGGUGUUUGAUGUCCGAUUCAAGGGUGAGAGGAUUGCCUACGAGUUGAGCGUACAAGAGGCCAUGUCGGUGUACGGCUCCGUGACACCAGGGAUGAUGCUCACCAAGUUUUUUGAUUCAAGCAUCGGUAUAGGGCGCUUCGCACACGAACUGGUCCGUGGCGUGGAUUGUCCCUACGCCGCCACCUACGUUGACACAUAUCGCUACAUCGAUGUCCCAGUCCCCGUCAGAUUCAGGAAUUCGAUCUGCAUCUUUGAGCACAACAUGGGUCAGCCCCUGCGGAGGCACUUCGCGGACUUUUUCCACAACAGUUAUGGAGGGAUGGUGAACAGCGCCUUGGUGUUCAGAACCAUCACAGCUAUAGGAAACUACGACUACAUGUGGGAUUUCAUCUUCUACCAGACCGGAGCAGUGGAGGCCAAGGUGCACGCCACUGGCUACAUCUCCUCCUCUUACCUGGUGAACGGCAGUAUGACACACGGGCACCAGGUGGCGGAAAAUGUCCUGGGCAACAUCCACACCCACUUCAUCAACUUCAAAGUGGACUUGGAUAUUUUGGGAGUACAGAAUGUAUUCCAGACCAAAGACAUGAAGUUUGUUAACGUGUCUCUGCCAUGGAUGCCUGAUCACUAUGCUAUGAUCCCUCAGCUGGUGGAGAAUCAACUCAAAACAGAGCAGGAGGCAGCCCUGCGUUACAACACCAAGACUCCUCGCUACCUCCAUAUCGCCAGUGACAAGUUGAACCGCUGGGGUCACAAGCGUUCCUACAGGCUGCAGGUGUACAGCUUUGCAGGUGACCACCUUCCAGAGAGCCAGGCUGAGGAGAAGGCCAUGUCCUGGGCCAGGUAUAAGGUUGCCAUUACAAAGCAUAAGGACUCUGAGCAGACCAGCAGCAGUCUGUACAAUCAAAACAACGUCUGGUCUCCAGCUGUUGACUUCAGCAAGUACAUUGCAGACAACGAAAGCAUUGAAAAUGAGGACCUGGUUGCCUGGGUGACCGCCGGUUUCCUCCAUAUACCACAUUCAGAGGACAUCCCCAAUACGGUAACUGUGGGUAAUGGGGGUGGGGUCCUGCUGCGGCCCCACAACUACUUUGAUGAGGAUCCAUCCAUAAACUCUCCUGAUGGAGUGUACUUUGUCCCCGGCAGCGAGACUAGCUGUGGGACCAACAGGAUGGCCUGCCUUGCUAAAGAGCCUUGCAGCCCCGUGCUAGAGCCCUUCACUUACCAUGGAUUUGAAGGAGUCAUGAAAUUUGAGGACUGGAAAUAGCUUCCCAGACUUCGGGAUUUCAGAGAUUGGCUGAUUUAGUAAUCUAUGCAUAAAGACGUAUGUGCCAGUUUGAACAUGUUUAUAGAGGCAAAUUGGAAGGGUUCAUUAUCAGUGCUGCACUGUAGACAAGUAAUUGAGUAAAGGAAUGUUUUUGUUAUUUUUGAGAAUAUGUUAAUGAGCUUUUUCUGGGUGUGAGAAUAUUGAUACCACACUCAUACCUGCCUGUCAGACCUACAAUCGGGAUGUGGUUGACCUAGCUUAGCAUGAAGACGGGAAGUAGGAGGAAACAGCAGGCCUGGCUCUGUCCAAACUUAAUAAAUAUGCCCAUAAAAGGAUGGGGAUAAACAUAAAACUUUAGAAAAUUGAAUAAACCAGAAAUAUUUUUUUGUACUUUAAUAACCAACCAACAAUGCACUGCACUACCAGUGUUUUGUUUUCCCAUUAUUAAUGUUCACUUCUACUGAACAACACUUUAAUUUCAAACAUUACAUUUUAUUUAAUUUAGCUGACGCUUUUAUACAAAGCGACUUACAAUAAGUGCAUUCAACCAUUAGGGUACAAUAAUCAAGAAAGUACAACAUUCUUCAAGAAAGCCAAACUACAAAGUGCAAAAUGUUAGUGCCAUAUAAGUGCUACUGUUUUUGUUAUUUUUAAAUGUUUUAUUCAAGGUAUAGUUAGAAGAGAUUUGUUUUUAGUCUGCGGCGGAAGACGUGUAGACUUUCUGCUGUCCUGGUGUCAUUGGGGAGCGCGUUUCACCAUUUAGGAGCGAGGAAAGCAAACAGUCAUGAUUUUUUGAGUGUCGAGCUGUCCCUCACAGUUAGGGAGCAACAAACCGAGCUACAAGCAGAUGCAGAACGAAGUGUACGGGCUGGGGUGUAAGUUUUGACGAUAUCCUGGAUGUAAACCGGACCCGAUCCGUUCUCAGCACGGUACGCAAGUAUAAGUGUUUUGAAACAGAUGCGGGCAUCCACUGAUAGCCAUUGAAGGGAGCGGAGGAGCAAAGUAGUGUGAGUGAAUUUAGGUUGGUUAAAGACCAGUCGAGCUGUUGCAUCCUGGAUAAGGCGAAAAGGUUGGAUGUUACUAGCAGGUAGACCUGCCAGGAGGGAGUUGCAAUAAUAAUACAUAAGAAGUAUCAUGUUUCCAAACUUUCCUUUGCAUUUUAAUGCUUUAAGUGUGACAUUCAUUAUGGCUGGCUUGCUUAAGUAAUGGUUAAAGUAUAGCAUUUUUCAGACCUGGACUGUGCUCUGGACAAUAUCCAGACGUGAUCCAAAGAGACUGUAUGUGAGAAUGCAAUGAGAAGGCUCCAGAUAUUCUCCAGUUCUCUAGCAAUUGGUGAUAAGCUGGUGUCAUAAAAAUCUCCUGUUGUAUUUUUCAUAUGUGAAGGGAAAACCACACAGUCUGCACAUUGUUUAUAGUCCGUGUAUAAAAAUGCUGUAUGUUUGUUUAUAUCUGACCAUUGCUCAGUGAGCUUUAGAUGUGCUGUCGGUGUAUUUGAAGUUUGAACAGAAGCAGACUCCCCUGCCUCCUUUCUUUAUUCUGAGCUAGGCUAACCAGGUUCUGACUCCAGCACUGUACUCAAAUACCUGAGGUCUAUAUAGAUCUUUUCCUCUUACUGUUGCAACUUAAAUAAGUGCCUUUCAAUAACAUGGGUAGGUGAUUGAUAAAUUCAUGGCCCAAAGUCCGAGAAGAGUUAGGGUUAUGACACUGCUGGCAAACCAAAAGUAGGAUUUAAAGUUUACAACUGAAAGAAAGAAAAAUCUUGUUUAAGCAUUGUCUGAGAAAGUUGACAGCUUGUGAAGUUGUGGGCUACUGAAUUCAAACAGAGAGGCUGGAAGACAACCCUGAUCCUGGAGGGCUGGUAACGGCAGUAUGCCUGAUAGCCUGCACAUCAAUCAGGGUACACUCCCUGUAGGUUUUCAUGUAAGAAGUAAGGUGGAGGCAGCUGAGAAAAAAAUAUAUGUAUACAAAAAAACCUCUCCUCACCCUGCCAGACGUGCUGGUGAACCUACAGUGGCCUUCAGGUUACAUGAAACCUUGAAAGGCCCUGUACAGCCAGUGUUUGAAUUGUCCGCUCCGGGUUACUGUAGCAACAUGGAGAACUCUGUGGAAGAGGACUUGCUUUCGAUGUAGUUGUAAAGGGCUCAUUUUAAAGUAAACACAAUGAUUCUUAGUUUGAGGUUAUAUCCACUACAGAAAACAUAAUUAUGCAUAACAUAUUACAUUUUCUGCAACUGCAUCCUCCAUAAACCUACACACUGGACCAUUCAUUGAUUGUUAUUUUUCAAAUAGAUGUAGUCCUACAGCCCAUAGCUUCUGCUGUUAGUGUUACACACUUGAAUUGACAGACAUUUGUAGUGGUAAACUACAGUGUAUACAUUCUAAACUGACACUGUGCACUUAAAUGGCUCCAGGCUGGGACUACUGAACAACUGACUGAUGUUUUAUUCACUUGGUCUGUUUUUCUACUGUUUUCUGGGUUAUUGUAGUGUUGUUGUAUAUUCUCUAAAUAAAGGACUAUUUGUACUUUU